AUGAUUGAAAAUUAACAAGAAGACCAGAUUAGCCCCAUUGAUUAUGGGAAGCAUCAUGCAGAACCCUAAAAGGAUCAUCGAGAGUUGAAAUACAUGGCUACAAAAAUUAGCGAACCAAGAGGGAGUGUUCAGUAUCCUUAACAUGUUUAAGUUGCUAUUGAGGAUGAUAAUAGUUCUCAAAAUGAUUCUAGAUGGUAUGCUAAGAACGAAACCUACAAAUAACUUAUUGGAAAUGAGAGAACUGGAUUCAUAAAAAAAGUAUUGUAUUUUAAAUAAGAAGGUCUAUUCAAUUAUGAUUAUUUAAUUGCUUCUAACCAUGAUCAUGUGUUUAAUCUCUUACUUGUCACUUGAUUAUAGGAGGUUCUAACUAGACCAUAGUGGCUUUGCUUAUCUGGCCUUAGGAAUAUCAAUACUUAUAGAAUUGCUACUCUUUUGCGUUCCCAAAUUUGCAUGGAGAGUCCCCUACAAUUACAUUUUACUGUUUAUUUUUACUUUCUGUGAAGGUUAUCUGAUAUCAAAUCUGUGCAGUUAUGUUUUUGAUAGAUAUAGUGAUAAUGGAGGUAAUUCUCAGUAUCCUAUCUAGGAUUCAUUGUUUUGAUGGCUGCCAGUCUAUCAUUGGCUGCCGUGAUAGGAUUGACGAUAUACGCUUGCAAAACGAAGUCAGAUUUUACUACUAAAGGAGCUCUAUUGUUUAUGUGUGUUACCUCUUUGAUACUCUUUGGAAUUAUGGCUGGUGUUUACUNUAAAUUCCUUAUACAAUCUCGGUUACUUCAAGCAAAAGGAAGAUAAUUAAAGAUUAUGAAUGAUUAUGCUAUUAAUUUAUUAGACAUUUUUAUACACUGUAAAGUUAAUAUAAUAUAUCUUUAUAAAUAUGAUUGUUUCAAUAAUAGGAACAUCUCCUUCCAAAACUCAACUGUAUUAGUUAAAGUAGAAAGAAUAAAUUACAAUGAAGUUUUCAAUUUGAUGUUUUUUAAUGAAUGUUUAUUACAUCAAUUAUUAUUAUUUUUACUCUCUUAAUAGUGGUAAUAAUAUACUAAAUUUAAAUACUUCAAACAACUUAAUAUAUGA